AUGCCACAACCCACCCCACUAGCCAUCGCAACAUCCUCGCUCCAACGCCUAGUCAAAGAAGAAGCAUCCUACCAUUCGGAGCUAGAGAUGCAGCAGAAGCGUAUCGAGCGGCUCGAAAGCGCACAGCCGACCAUUAACGGAGAAGGAGGAGAGGAGGAUGCUGAGAGUGAGGCUGAGAGAGGGAACCAGGAGUUCUUGUUGAAGCAGGAGAGCCGUAUGGCCAAUGCUGACCUUCCACUCUCUUUUUCGCUGCGACAGAGAAAAGCGCUAGAGGAGACGAAAGCCGUGUUUCCGAGACUGAGGGAGAGGAUCGUGGAGGGGAUGGCGAACCUAGAGGCGCUGCUGGCUUCAGCUCCAGAGGGUGAUCCUGAUGUUGCUAAGGCGAGGGAGGUGAUUGAGCAGGCGAAGGCUGCUACGGGUUGA